AUGUAAUAAUUGGAUUUACCAUUUGUCAGAAAACAAAAAUAAAAUACAGAUAUUUGGAAAGGUCCUAGUUUUAAGGAUUAUUCAUUUGAAGAAGAACGAACUUCACAUAUAUAUAAAAAAUAACAUAGAAGAAAAAGUUGUUAUUGUUAAUUAUGUGGUAAAAUGAGUCUCUUUCAAUAUACUUAUAUGAAUGUUUCCUCUUGUGUUAAUCAUAUUAAUAAAUCUUUAAUUCUUCAAUAAGAUAUUGAAAAACAAUAAGAACUUGAAAAAUAAAAACUUAUUACAGAUCAUAGAUUAUUUAGAGAUUACAUUAAUUAAUAAAAUAAUAAUAGGAGUAAAUCUAUAGAUUUGAUUAAUACAAAUUUUAUUAAUAAUUAUUUAAGAGAUAGGAAUAGAAAAAGUUGUGAAUGUAAUGAAUGUGGAAUAUAGAGUACUUUCUAAUAAAAAUAUUAAAAUUUGCAUUUGUUUAAAUAAUAAAUACUGGCAAAUCAAUUUAGAAUUAAAAAGAUUUUAAAAAGACCAUAAUUUAGAAAGUAAAAUACAGAAUAAUUUUCACCUGUUAAAAAUGGAGAGUUUAGAUAUUUAAAGAAAAGAAUACUUGAAAUAGAUCUUAAUAAUUCAAAAAAUGAAAAUCCAUUAUUAAAAAAGUUUCAAGUAAAAUAACCUUAAACAUAAAGAGUUUUACGUCAUCAAUAAUCAUUAAAUUUAUUUGAAACAAAUACUAAAACUAAAUAUGAUAUACAUUCACCUUUAGAAAAUAAAAAAUAAAUAUUACCUUAUUUAUAAUUUAAUUAAAACAGAAGUCCUCCUUAAAAAAAUACAAAAAAAAGUAUAAUUACAAAUCAAUAAAAAGAAUACUUUAAAAAACAUAAUUAAAAAUCUGGUAUUUUUUGA